AAAGGCAUUCCCGACAGCCAUAUAUGUCUGUAUCUAUGACUGCCCCCACUCUAAACUCCGCCAACAGUUCAAAAAUGGCUGUCUCAGAUGACCAUAAAAUUCUCACAAAAGCUUUCUCAGGGCUGGGUGUGGAUGAGAAGGCGUUUGUGUCGGUGCUGGCGAAAUGGAAUCCGAAGCACAGGCAAUCCUACAGGAAGAGCACUCAUCAAUUCUUCAGGGAUGAUGAAAGGCAGUUCGAGAGGUGGGAUGAUCAUCAUGUCCUUCAACUCCGACAAGAGUUCUUGCGUCUCAAGGAUGCAGUGGUGCUAUACAUGAUGCAUCCCUGGGAACGCGAUGCACGCUUAUUCAAGGAAGCAUUGCUGAAAGAACCUCAAUUCGAUUUGCUUAUAGAGACGGCCUGCACUAGGCCGUCCGAGGAGCUCUUGGGAGCCAGAAGAGCCUAUCAUUCCCUGUUUGAUCACUCUAUUGAGGAAGAUAUAGCCUUCCACAUCCAAACCCCUGAAAGAAAGCUUCUGGUUGCACUUGUGAGCUCGUAUCGCUACGAGGGACCAAAGGUACACGAAGACGUCGCGAAGUCUGAGGCUAAGGUGCUGGCUAAUGCCAUAAAACAUGCUGGUAACAAGAAUCUUGUUGAUGAUGAGGAGAUUGUGAGAAUACUGUCAACAAGAAGCAAGUUGCAUCUCUUGGCACUGUACAAACAUUACAAGGAAAUCACUGGCAAAUUCUUGGAUGAGGAUCUUCAUGCUCACUUGCUUUUGAAGCAAACCGUGCAAUGCCUUUGCAUGCCACAACUGUAUUUCAGCAAGAUUUUGGAUGCGUCGUUGAGACUGGGGGUGGACGAGGCGGCUAGAGAUUCGGUGACUCGGGUGAUUGUUACCCGAGCAGAUGAGGACAUGAAACACAUCAAACAAGAAUUUAAGACCAAGUACGGAGUUGCUCUGUCGGACAGGAUUGGAGAAGUUGCCAAUGGCAGCUAUAAGGAACUGCUGCUCACUUUAGUUGCAAAGUCGGAAUGAACAUUUUGAGUUGAUUUGAGUUUGGCCAUUACUGGAUCUGAUUGAUUUCCUCCAUAUAUGCUUUUUCUUUUCCCUGAUAAUCCACCUUCCUACUUUAAUUUGCGGCUUUUGUAUGAUUUCUGUACUUUCAAUUUAAUGAUGAUUAAAUAAUAAAUAAUAUUGAUGAGUUAUU